CCGAGAGUGCCCCGGGGCGGUGGGCAGCGCCGGUCCCCGGGCUCGAGCGAAGUGCGGCUCGCCCGGCGGCCCCCGGUGCCCGGAUGUCCGUCAGGCUCGGCGCGAGCCGAGGCUCCGGGGGGCGGAGGCGGCGCUGAGGACGCGGAGCCGAGGACGCAGCGGCCGGGAGCUGAGCGUCCGCGCGGCUGGGGCGUCCGCUGGGCAGCGUCGCCGACGGCUGCGGUCGAUGCGGAGCGCGGCGCGGGCGGAGGGCCCCGCGGGGCGAGAGCUCUGAUGGACUCGGGACGCCGGGCUGUGUGAGCCGAGCCAUGGCAGCCCACUCCAGCUUGUACAAUGAAGAUAGAAACCUGCUUCGGAUUAGAGAGAAGGAAAGACGCAACCAAGAAGCUCACCAAGAGAAAGAGGUGUUUGCUGAGAAGACCCCUCUGUUCGGAGAGCCCUACAAGACUGCAAAAGGUGAUGAGCUGUCCAGUCGGAUACAGAACAUGCUAGGAGACUACGAAGAGAUGAAGGAGUUCUUGAGCGCCAAGUCUUGCCCUCAGCGCCUGGAUGCUUCUGAAGACAGGCCAGGGAAGCCGAGAUAUCCUUCAUUUCACGACAGGGGGAGCAGCCUGGCAUCCAGCUCCUUCCGCACGCACGUCUACCACCACCAGCCUGUCCAUACUUCUUCUGCCCCGGGAUCACUUUCUGUCAGUAACAUUAGCCACAGUCCAAAGAUGGCACCACCAAGGAUGGAAUCAGUGCCAGGUCUCCAUGCCAAACACUAUGGCCCGCCCGACAGCCAGCGUCUGACUCAAGAUCGCCUCAGUCAGGAGGGGCACUGUUCCAGCCACAGAAAGUGUGACCGCAGAGCUGACGGUGGUGGUGACUCGGCUCCGGAGAUGAAGCUCUCACCCUUGAUCUCCUCUCUGCCGUCGCCGGUGCCGCCCCUGUCACCUGUACAUUCCAGGCUGCAGGGACCCAGCAAGGCCCGCGGCGGUGGCGGCGGUGGCGGCGGUGGCGGCAGCAGUAAAAGCUACUGCGCAGCCACGUCUUCCAAGGACCUGGUAGCGAAGGUGCAAGAGAACGAGACUGCCCACGACAGUUUGGUGGCAGUUACCACCAGCCUUGGGGUAGCCCCUCCUCAGACAUUUCCACCCCCUCCCCUCCCCUCAAAGACUGUUGUUGCAAUGCAGCAGAAGCCCACGGCCUACGUCCGGCCCAUGGACGGUCAGGAUCAGGCUCCCAGUGAGUCCCCCGAGCUGAAGCCGCCACUGGAAGACUACAGUCAGCAGAGCUUCGAAAAACCAGACGUCAAAGUGCCCGCCAAGGCCAAGCUCACCAGACUGAGGAUGCCCUCGCAGACGGUGGAGCAGACACUCUCCAAUGAAGUUCACUGUGUUGAAGAGAUUCUGAAGGAAAUGACUCACUCGUGGCCCCCUCCUCUGACAGCCAUACACACGCCCAGUACAGCCGAGCCAUCCCGGUUUCCUUUCCCUACAAAGGAUCCUUUGCAUGUCAGUACUGCAACCCAAAGCCAAAAACAAUAUGAUACGCCUUCCAAAACCCAUCCCAGUUCCCAGCAAGGAACAUCCAUGCUCGAGGAUGACCUGCAGCUCAGCGACAGUGAAGAGAGCGACAUUGAACAGGCUGCAGAGAAGCUUCCGUCCCCAUCUGCACCUCCAAGCGCCCCACAGACGCUUCCGGAACCAGUGGUGUCGGCACAUUCCAGUAGUGCAGAGUCAGAGAGCAGUGCGUCGGACAGCUCCUCGGACUCAGAGAGUGAGAGCAGUUCCAGUGACAGCGAGGAGAAUGACGACGAGCCCCUAGAAGCCCCGGCUCCCGAGCCUGAGCCUCCGACAACAAACAAGUGGCAGCUGGACAACUGGUUGACCAAGGUCAGCCAGCCCUCAGUGCCCCUCGACGGUCGGGGAAACACAGAGUCUCCACGCUGGCGCCAGGAGAGUAAGGAUGGGGACCGCAGCUCUGACCAGCAGCACCCGGAGUCCAAAGACCCUCCCCCCAAGAGUUCCAGCAAAGCUCUCCGAGGGGCCCCUGAGGGGCCCCAGCCUGGGAAGAGGAACUGCCAGAAAUCCCCUGCUCAGCAGGAGCCCCCACCCCGGCAAACUAUCGGAGCCAAACAGCCCAGAAAACCGGCCAAGGGCUCUAGCCAGGCAGAGCCCCAGGCCAACUUGCAGGGGGAGAGUGAACCUGGACCCUUUCCCUAUGGCUCAAAAGAGCAGACUUCCAAAGACAAACCCAAGGUGAAGACGAAAGGCAGGCCUCGUGCUGUGGGCAAUAGGGAGCCUAAGCCUGAAGCUCCUGUGCCCAAGCCCCAGGCAGCCGUGCCCACCCCCAACGAGAAGAGGAAGCACAAGAGUUCCCCGGCCCCCUCCAAGGCACUCUCAGGCCCUCAGCCUCCAAAGGACAAUGCUGGGGACAGGAACCCUGAGCACUUUGCUCUUGUCUCCUUGUCUCAGAGCCAGGGUCCACCCCACAGUGGCAGGGGCGGCAGUGGCAUCAGGACUAGUGGCUGCCGACAGGCUGUGAUUGUCCAGGAGGACGGCCGGAAAGACAGACUCCUGCUACCCUUGGGAGACACCAAGCUGCUCUCACCACUCAGGGACACUCCACCACCGACGAGCUUGGUGGUGAAGAUAACCCUCGACCUUCUCAGUCGGAUUCCCCAGCCCCUGGGGAAGGGCGGUCGCCCUCGGAAAGCGGAAGACAAGCAGCUGGCAGCAGCCAAGAAGCAGGACUCCGAGAAGAGGAGCUGCAACAGCUCCAGCCGAGGGAGCAAGAAGAGAAAGCAGCAGGCUGACUCAGAAAAAGACCAUGACAACAAGAAAAUCAGACUGGAGAAGGGAGUCCAGCCGCACUGUGCUCCUUCAUCUUCCCACCCCGAAUCUUCCAAAGCGAAGACACCCAGGCCCUCCUCAGAGUCCUCAAGAAAGGAAAUGCUUCCUCCUCCACCUGUGCCAUCCUCCUCCUCCUCGUCGUCUUCCUCCUCCUCCCAGAAGUCAACCAAAACUGCACACAAGAGGUCAAAGCCGGAUGCAGACACCUGUAGUCAGGACCCUCCCAAAAGUGCCAGCAGCACCAAGAGCAACUCCAAGGACCCUUCCGUUCCCAAGCACAGAAAAGUGCAGGCCAGGGGCCCCGAAUACAAAGGGUCUUCUGGAGAAGCUGCAAACCCUUUCCCAGUGCCUUCUUUGCCAAAUGGUAACUGUAAACCAGGGAAGCCACAAGUGAAGCCUGACAGACAGCAAGCUGACUUUCACAUGAAGGAGGCUAAAAAGUUGAAGUGCAAAGCAGAGGCAAUGGCGGACAAGGCUGGAAAGGCCUUCAAGUAUUUGGAAGCUGUCCUGUCCUAUAUUGAGUGUGGGAUGGCCACCGAGUCAGAAAGCUCGGCCAAGUUGGCGUACGCUGUGUACUUGGAAGCUGCAGACCUCAUUAAGUUCACAAUGUCACUAAAAUCCUUCUCAGAUACCACGGCGCCAGCACAAGAAAAGAUAUUUGCCGUUUUAUGUUUGCGCUGCCAGUCCCUGUUGAACAUGGCGAUGUUUCGCUGUAAAAAAGACGUCGUAAUGAAGUAUUCUCGCACUCUUAGUGACCACUUCAAGAGUUCUUCCAAAGCGGCCCAGGCACCUUCUCCAUGCAUGGCAAGGAGCACAGGCGUUCCGUCCCCCCUCUCCCCGAUGCCUUCUCCUGCCAGCUCCGUAGGGUCCCAGUCAAGUGCUGGUAGCAUGGGGAGCAGUGGGGUGCCGGCCACCGUCAGUACCCCGGUCACCAUCCAGAACAUGACCUCCUCGUACGUCACCAUCACAUCCCACGUCCUUAAGGCCUUCGACCUUUGGGACCAGGCGGAGGCCCUUACAAAGAAGAAUAAAGAAUUCUUCGCUCAGCUCAGCACAAAGAUGCGUGUCUUGGCCCUCAACAGCAGCCUGGUGGACCUGGUGCACUACACAAGACAGGGUCUGCAGCGGCUGAAACAAGCCCCCAAAGCUCCCUAAUGCAGGCUGGGCUUACCCAAUGCCUUGGAAUGUCUUUGCACAAUUGGAAGCCUUGAUCCAGUGUAGAGGACGGUCUGAUUGGGAUGUCGACAACACUCAAGAAGUGAAGCGCCGUGAGAUGGCCGGUACGCUUGCCCACUUAACCUCACAAGCCUGCGUGGCCAUCAGCUGGACACUGGUUAGCAGAGCGGACGAUGGUCAAUGAUCUGCCUUUCCCAGUGGAAGGACAGAAGUGCAAUGGAGCCUAACUGGUGUAUGAAUGGUCGAGACACAUUUCUGGUUUUUACUUUCUGUUGGUUUGGACAAUGGGAUGCAAGCUGCAACUGAAAGGAAGAGGGGCAGAUUCCUGUCAUCUCAGUAGCCACACUAGUUCACUUCCAGAAGGAGGUUUUUUUAAAAUAAUAAUAAUUUUUGGUGAAGGGUUUUAUGGGUAUAUAUUUUUUCUUUUCAAGUUUUAAAGCAAACAUUGUUUAAUAAAUUCUAAUGGCCACCUGUAAAAUAGAAGUUGUGAAGGAUUCCACUGUGCCUCACUUCCGGCAGUGAACAGUGGCUCUGACACUGAGUAUUAUCAUUUAGAAGAUUGAAGGUGACGCCUCCCCCCUCCCCCCUCCCCCAGUGCCUAGAGUCCUGCACACUGUCUAGCUCUGGUCUCUUUGGCUGCACUGAGAGCAUCCCAGGUCAGCCCUAGAGGAGCGGCAGCAUUUAGAUCCAGGAUCCAUCUUACCCGUCUUCCCGGCAUCCCAGGAAGCUUCAUACUUCCUGCUGCCACACUCCUGGAAAGUGACUGGCUAAGCAGCGCCCUGGAUUGUUUUACAUUUCCCAAUGUCUGCCUUGGGCAGGAGGCUGAUGUCCUUCAUCAUGUGUCUCCUAGAGCCCCAGGUGCCGCCAGAGUCGUGGCAACUGGCGCAUCAGUGAACGAACUCGAGAUCUUCCUACAGAGGCUGUAUUUUUCUGCUACAAAUUAUAUUUAUAGCAAAACUCAACUUUUCCAAAGCCCUUGAUUAUCCAGGGGAUACUGCCUCCCUGAGAGGAUGUGGAGAUUUGGGGGGAUUAAUUCAACUUAAAAAAAAAGAAAGAAAGAAAGAAAGAAACCCAUCACCACACCCCUUCACUCCAGGCCAUCUUCUCAGGUACCGUGACUCAAUGACGUUGAAGAGGACCUGUGACCUUCCCAAGCUCUACCCCGCCCACAUUAAACCAAGUCCACUCAACAGACAGUGAAAGGACACACUCAGAAUUCACACCUGCCCAUAAGCACAGGCCUUUCACUGAAACUUGAAGGUUAUUACUGGAAUACGCUUCAGUGCAGUGUUUUUUAAAAGCCGAUUCUUUUUACCCCUUCUAGAAGGUAGACUUUGCACGAACGUGUUAUGGCCGGUUGCUGUUUGUUCUCCUCACUCCCCGUCUCCACUUCCUACCAGCCCUGCUGUGUGUCUGUAUCUGUAGAGAGUGGAGACAGGAGGCCCAUCUUAGUGAGAGUGCCUGAGGGUCGCUUGGGUGAUGGAUGGGAAGACUUUCUUGGUACCUUGGUGAGUCUACACAGGGGCUGCAGGUGGGUGUGAUGCCGGGUGUUUGUCUGUCCUCUGAGCCUUCCAUCCUGCUUUGGAUAAAGCCAGAGAACAGCUGGCUACCUUGCCCACAUCUGAGCAUGGACUGUGGCCGUGAUCUGACGAAGCAGCUUUUUACUCACAGGCUGAAGCAAAGCCACGUUUCUUUAAAGUUACCUGAGCUGCGGCAUGUGGCAGGCUGACUCUGGCACUUUGUCGCCUCUUGAGCAGCGUGGGCUUGUGGACUCUUGAGGCUCUUUUCCCUUUUCCCAUUGUUUGUCUAUGGACAGCAAGGGCUGUACCUUUAAAACAAGCUGCCUGUCACAGGGCUGUGAUUGGGUCUGGUCGAGGCACAUUGUGCCAAAGCACGGGUGUGUCCUGCCGGCAGGCCACUGCGCCCCUUGACUGAACACAUCCAGCCAGAGCAGGAAGAACGGGCCGCCUCAUCCUUUGUACUGGACUGUUUUCUCCUCAAUUUACUACAGUUUUGUUUGUACCUUGAAAACUAAUGAAUUUGGACAGACCUCUUUGUACCAGUGUGGUCUGUAGAUAGGUUCCCCACAACGCUGUCCUAAAGCGAGCAGGCCUCCAGCCGCCCUUUUCCUGGAGUGAACACAGUGGCUGGUCAGUGCGUCACUGCUCGUGGUGGAAGCCUGAAGAACCUUUCCAACCGUUUGCACUUUCCACUAUAUGCUUACAGUUUCCAAAGGCAACUUUUCCCCUGAGGUAAUUCAUUUGGAAGGACUGUAAAAUUCACCCUUUGAGUGUGUGAGGUUCCUGUAGCCAUAGAAGAGCAUAUACUUCAUGGUGAAGUAGGCAGCGUACUGGGUGUGAACAUGAAUCUUUGCCUUUCCCACUACAAAGGGUGUGUAUGGCCUGUCUGGCCGCAACAGAAAGUAGAGGGACACACGUUUUUCCCAAGUGUUGAAUGUUUCCAGAAAUAAUUAAAAUUGGAUACAUGUGAAAGCCCUGCUAGAUAAUAAAAGCCCGUGGCUGAAGCCGGUUGCUCUUUAAGGAGGGCAGGCCCCAUGGGAGCAGGAGGAGCAGGAGGAGCAGUGUGUGCAGCCCAGCAAGUGCAUCCUAUGAUUGCAUGGGAAGUACCCGAUUUAUUUUGUAGCUGUUUUGACAGUGUUUGUCCAUCCUCUAGACAGACAGGACCCCACCCAUGCCUGUGUUCUCUAAUUCUAGAUCUUAGGACGUUUAGAGCGGGUUCUUCCCCAUCUCAAUUGAAAAUGUGCCUUAACUGACACCUUGUGUAUUGAUGUUAGGGACAGGACCUCGAUCUUAGAAUUCCUGCUUACAGAGCACUGUGGGCUCCACAGCGACGGUCUCUGAUGCCCAGGACGAGAGAUUCAUCUAGACGUAUUUGUGCCUUUGUUGACCAAACAGUUUCUGAAGUAAUGCUGUCGGUUUUGCCACGGCUUCAAGGGUUUAUGUUUACUUUCCUGUUUUGUGAAGUUUGAGGUGUAUUUGUGCAUCUUAAACUAAGUGAGUUGGGCUUAAAAAAAAUCUUUCCAUGCCUCCUACAGAUUACUUCUUUCUCUUAAUGAUUUAUUUUCCCAACACUACAAAACAUCUUUGAAAAUUUUCCACUUCAUCUGUUUCAGUCUUUAAAUACUUUAGCAAUAUUUAACUCUAAGAAUGCUGUGGGCCCCUUUUAGAAACACAGAAGACUAGAUUGUUCUCCCUGAAGAAUGAGCUACGGCUUUGCAGCUGGGAACAUGCUGGGCUGUUGGUCGGUUCUGGUCCAUUUGGAGAUAACGGGUGUGAGGACUUUUCCUGUGCCUUUAACUUGUUGUCCUGUGGAAGGGGAGUUCAAGGGCAGAAGGGCAUGGUGUUGGGAUUUUCCUUCAAAGUCUGGAAGUGGUAUUUCUACCAGGUAGCCCUCCAAUACGUGGUCCAGUCAUGCCGGCUUACUGUUGAGAACUGUUGCCUUAUGGCCGCGCUCUCAUUGAGGAUGCAUUGACAAGCGCAUGUCUUCAGGUGGCUGUAAAUCCUUGGGGGUGAAUCACACUAUAUUCUGUCCCACUGUGCAUCCGACAUCAGCAGUUACUGUGAUGAACAAGAAGUGCCUCUUUCCCCACCUGAGGGAGCCAGAGGAUAGGAAGGAAGCCUAGAGCUCCCGGGAGCCUGUAUGUUGCUACAUCUGUCCGUAGGACACUGGAAUAAGGCCACUGACAGGCAGGCCACGCUGCACUGCUGGGCCACGCGGUGGUUGACCUAAGGAAGAUGGACUCACUUUGCCUAGGUGUUUUAGCAAUACUCAAUACAGGCAGUAUUAAGUUUGCCUUUGUUCGGGCCAUGAUAUGUGUGUAUUGCUAAUACUGCACACCCUCACGAUAUCAAGUACACACUGUUCAUGUUGGGGUGUGUGCACGUGUGUCCCCGAAUCUUGUUUUAAUUUUUUCUGAAUGUGAUCAUAUUUUGGAUGAUACCUGAGCAGGGUUCCCUUUUUUUUUAUUUAUUACCAUUAUAUAUUAUAUUAUAUAUUAUAUAUUUACUUUCUUAUAAUGUUAGAGAAAAGUCAAAUCUUGGUAUUAUUAAAAUUGCUUUAAGAAUGAAUAGGUUGUCCAGGUGAUCAUGAAAAUCACUGGUAUGUCUUUAAAAUAAUGAGUUUUUCUUUGAUUACCAUGAAAUAAUGUGCCAGCUCUCACUAAUAUGAUGGUUUUGUAUGCGGACUUGGGAAGCAUUGCUGCUCCUGGGGAAGGUAUACAAGAAUAAGGGAAACACCACAUUUUUAUCAGCUUCAGAAACGGAACUGCAAACUUGGGGCUUUUGUGAAUAAAAUUUAGCUGCCUUGUAGAAUCCUUUGAAAGAGGCAGACAUGAUCUGUGAGAGAAUUUUUCUUUCUUUUUUUUUUUAAAGGAGAAAAAUCUGCAAAAGGUCCUUCCAAAGAAAAUGUGCCACAGAUCUUUUGUUUUUCUCUGUAAUGAGGAUUAAGUGCUGUUUUACAAAAUGUAAUUAUUGAUUUGUUCAUCUUCACAGUCUUUCCUUUCCACAAGAUCAAACUGUAGAAAAAAAUAUUUAAUAAAAAUUUAGAGAAAUCGUUGGAGUUGA